AUGUCUCAAUAUAAUCAAGGCAUAGAGCGAACACCAGAAUAUGUCAAAUUUAUGAAAGAUUUAAAAGAAUUUCAUGAUAAAAAAGGAACUGUUUUACAAGCAGAGCCUGUUUUAGGUGGAAAAAAACUAGAUCUAUUACGAAUUUAUAAGACUGUGAUGGAAGCUGGUGGAUAUGAAAAAGUUACUUUAAAUCGCGGAUGGAAGCAAGUUGGAGAUCCGUUCAACUUUCCUUCUACUUGCACAAACAGUGCUUAUAUACUAAAGGCUGUCUAUACAAAAUAUCUGCUUGGAUGGGAAGAAGAAAAUUAUUGGAAACGGCCGUGGAAUCCUCCUGCAGAAUUGUUAGCCACUCACCAAAAGCCUACUGCAUCACCAAUGCCUUUACCUCCAUCCAAUCAUUCACGACAAACAGGUACUGCAUUUUCACAACCUGCAGUGAUUACCAACAGUCAGCAACCUCCAGCCUAUCACCCACAAGCUACAUUUAUAGACUAUGAAUUUCGUACACGUAUUCUUCUUUCGCUUCAAUCCAAUCUUCCAAACGAAGUCGAUUGGGCAUUCAACACACUUAUCAAGUUUUCGUUUGUUUCUGAAAACUUCAACCUAGACUUUAUUCCAACACUAAUCGAUUUACUAUUGAACUUUACAACCCCGUUUUUUGAACGCGAAAUAGAUGAAUCAGCAAAUGAUAAUAUGACAAGCAAAGCAAGGCAGGAAACUUAUGAACGUGUACUUCAAGUAUUUCACAUCAUUCGCAACUUUUCGUUUCUGGAAAUGAAUAUUCGUCGGCUUGCUCUACAUGAACGACUCAGAAGCGUCUUGAUGAAGGGAAUUUCGCUCGCACCUAGUUCAAGAUAUGGAGAACUAAGUCGCCAUUGCUUGGACAUUAUGGAAAAUAUUGCACCUCAAGUCAUCCUGACGAGUCGAACAGAUUCUUAUCUGACUACUAUGACACAACUCCUAUUCAGCAAUGAUCGCGCAUUCAUACUAGGAGCCAUUCGAGCUCUGACACGUGUGGCUGUAACAGAGGCAAACGAACGUAUUCUAUGUCAUGCAGAUCCUAGAGUCAUUGAGCAUUUAGCACAGCUGUUACUUGUAGACGAUGAGGAACUAGAAGCUGCCACAUUAGAGUACUUGUAUCAAUACUCCAGUCUGAGAGGAAGCUUUUCUACACAACUUAUUGAACACUAUCCAGGCAACUUGAUUGGCCUAUUAACUGGUUACCUUUCAUACAAAUCUUCCCUGGCACCUCCAUCAUCUACAGCACUUGGCACAAUACACGGCAUUCCUGCUGCACAAAUGAUUCAUGUAGAGCCAGUACAACAGCAACCUUCUAUCCCAGAUCUCACAAAUUACACAAACUUGGAUGAGCCUUAUCGAUGUCUUGGAUGGCUAAAGGAUCAAUUGACAACUGGAGGCGCAGAGGAUAAGAUUGCAUUGAAUGAAAUAUUUAGUAGUUACCAAAAGCUAUUUGGCACAGAGAAACCAUUGGGCAUAAAAGAGUUUUAUACUGUACUUAAAAUCGCAUUUCCUCAACCUGCUUCAGUAGAAGAAGCAUUUGCUAACGGACCCAAGUCUUUAGAGACUGUUUUAUGUAAUGUGAAAUACAAUCCUACAAGAAGGAAAGAUGGUCCUAUAUGUAGAUGGGAAGGAUGCGAGCAGUCGUUUGAUGGUAAAUCUGACCUACAUAGACAUAUUGUAAAUGAUCACUUGGAAACAGCAAAUGAGUGCAGAUGGAUGAAGUGCAGUAAGAAGGGACUUGAAGGAAAGAUGAAUGCCAUUCAACAUAUGCGUACGCAUUUUGCAGGAAAAGUGAGUAAACAGGGCAAUAAGCCAAAGACAUUUACUGUGAGCAAAAUGCCUGUAGACGAUUCAGAAGUAUCCGGCAUACCACUUACCUCAGCAUUACUGCUAAGGAAUUUAGCAAGACAUAAGCAGCAUCACAUAUACUAUUUACCAUAUCAAAGUGAAUUAAUUUUAUUAGCAAUACAACGACCCAAAGUAUCAAAGUACAUAUUGACUGUUCUUGAGGAAAUAAAUUCUAAUAAACGAUAG